AUGGGGACUGUGGGCAGAGUCAUCCUCCAAGACGGGGAGUUUAAGCUCCCUAAUGAAGAGAUCGUGGACCAUGAACAGCAGCCACAGUUCUUGCCUCGGAUCGUGUGGCCUACCAGGCAGGACGCAGCACACAGCCAAGCCCGGACAGCACUUAAUGUGAAUGUCAACUGGGCCGACCGCAACGAAGUUUUGGCAUUGUACGAAGAAGUCCAAGAGAUAUAUCCGAAUUUGGACCCAAUGCCGCCUUUCCGCGCGGGCAGUACUUCAUAUGAUGAAUGCCCUUGGCUUACACACCUCGCCAUUACUCAUGGCUUGUUCCACCGCACGCUGCAAAAUGGGAAAAGCUUGAACAUCAAUGAGAUGACGGCGCUCGUCCGUAUGAUCACGUAUGGGAUAUUCGACUCCACCACCUUUUUCGAGCCGUGGGCUGUCACUGGUGUGCCUGACAAGACUGGCGCGCGUGUCAAUCCAAAUACUUUCGAGGAGAUGUGGAGUCCGAUCUGGUGUAUGAAUUGGAAGACUGGUCGCUUCGGGCAGGACAUCAUAAACCAAGGCACGGAAUGGGUCAAGGAGAGACUGUGGUCGAGACGCUGGGUCAUUGUGCCCAUUGUGUAUGGCGGCCUCCAAUGGGGCAUGACAAUAUUCGACCGCCUGGAAGGUCAGUUGUACAUCUUUGACUGCGGGGACGACAAGUUGAAAACCGAGAGGGUCAAAUCGGCCAUCCAGUUCUGGGUGACUUUCCUAAAUAUGAUUGGCCAACCGAGCCAUUUUAGAUACUUUGUGCCCAACGUUACAAAGCAGCUUCACUACAACGACUCGGCACUUCUCUGCAUCAGCUGGCUUAUGGAAGUGCUGAGAAAUCAGGUUGGGAGACCAAUGAGCUCUUCUGACGAGGGUGUCGACCAGGUCAACUUCGAGUUCCCAGAUUUGCCAGUUCCAGCGGACGUCGCUGAAAGCUUUACCAGCUCACUCUACCUUCGUGACUGGGUUCCCGAAGGUUGUGCCACCGGAAAGAGCAGACUCAUGGCUGUUCGGAGAGUUCUUCGCGUCAUGUUAGCCAACGAGCUUGGUCUGCGUGACCACGAUGUCAUGACGAAGCAGUACCAGAACCAGACACGUCUAGGACCGCCAAUUCUGCCAUCAGCAUUUAAGCUCCUGACAGAGGCUGGGGGGGACCUUUACAACGCAAACGGCAGGAUGGCGAAGUCAAAGUACUUUACAGGGCAUGGCGGGCCGCAGUUUGCGUUGCCUAUGCGGCGGCCGAUGCUGCCUUAUGAUCCUGAUGCACUUCGGUGCCAUGGUAUCGACAAGCUCCCCGGAGAUACGCACCGGGCACGAAUCCGUCCUAUCGAGCUGACUUGUAGGUCCCAGGCACCAUACGACUGGCCUGAAACAUUCAGUUUCUCCAACAAGCAACCAGUUUCGGACCCGGCUCCGGAGCUUGAUCUGGCCGUGGAUAGUGUUUGGGAUGUUUCUGCGCCAGGAAGCGGCGGCUCUAAAGUCUUCAAUGUGAAGCUGACGAACCUCGCGGUUGCCGACAUGUACAAGGACGUUGAGAAGAAUUUCAGAGUGAGAGUAGAUCAGAUGCGUGUGCGGCGGCUGGCGGCAGAUGCUGACGACUUGUUCCUCGAGUUUACGCUGAGCGUGGGAGUUGAGGGUGGUGUGCAAAAAUCUGUUGAUGCUAGCAUGCCUCUACCUCGAAUACCCGGGCCGAAUGAGAGUGUGACUCCCUCCACCGAGAGGUUGAGCCCACUGUGA